AUGAAGGUAAAGGCAGAUGAAGACAGUGACAGCUCUGAUUCUGGCACAUGGUCUCAUAUCCUAAAUGAAGAGAUCUGGAACAUGACCAGAUUAGCCUGCACACUUAGUUUCAAGAGAGCAAAAGUGUACCCACACAGUGCAUCUAAGUGCAUUGACAUCACUGGCCACUGUACUGAGUGCAACGCAAAAUUGUGCAUUUCCAGUGAGAGUCUACCAGAGGUGAACACACCAGCAGUGCUAAAAUGCAGAAUUGAUUACAUUGAUGACAGUCUUCAUACUGGAAAGGCAAAGCACAUGCUAUCUGGAGAGAAAAGACUGCCGGUCUCUGAAAAACUCUGGCAGGGUAAAAAACUGUGGCAAGCCACAGAGGCUUACAAGAUAAUGCCACUCGGUAACCCAGAUCCUACCCACCUACCAAGCCUGAGUACAUUAAGAAAAGCCAAACAAGAGAGAGGGGAUAGGGAGGAGUUUGUAACUGUGUGGGUACGUGAUCCUCGCCUUCACAAAGAGGAUUUUUGGCACACGCACACAGAUUAUGAGAUCUGUCUUCACACCAAUAGCAUGUGUUUUCGUAAGAAGACAUCCUGUGUGAGAAGGCGAUAUAGUGAGUUUGUGUGGCUUCGACAGAGGUUGCAGGACAAUGCUCUGCUCAUCCAUGUGCCUAAACUGCCCCCCGCCAAUCCUUUCUUUAGCCUCAACAACACAUUGCAGGUGACCCAGCGAAUGGAGGGACUGCAAAAGUUUCUGGAAGAGGUGCUGCACAUGCCCCUGCUGUUAUCAGACAGUCAUCUGCACCUAUUCCUUCAGUCCCAGCUGAGUAUCACCAAAAUGGAGGCAUGUGUACAAGGCCAGACACGUUAUACUGUGGCGGAGGCCAUCCAGCGCAGUGUGUGUGACACGCGGUUCCCUCUGGAGGAUGAGAGCAAAAGUUUCUCUGACUCCGACUCUGAAAGCUCCUCUUCGGUUCUCGCCUUUAGGGUUGACCCAGCCACUCCUAUAGAAAUGUCCUCUCAAGAUGGUAGACUUGCCCACCAUGUCUUGGCCAUGGAAUCACAGCCUGAACUUUUUAAAUGUUUAUCUACAGCUUCUAACAGCCAACAGGACCUGCAAUUGUAAAAUGCACUCAGUUACAAACAAACCCAGCUACAGAACACAUACAAGGAAGUUUUUUACUGCACACAUCCUCCAGUAUAAUGUUUACGACAGAAAGAAAAGUAAUCCUGUUAUUGUUAUGUAGUCUGUUAAAUGUUUCUUGUUUUGUUUUAGAAAAAUGUUCUUUCCUGAUGGCUGUUGCAAGCUGUCGAAGACAUUUUAUGUUUAGGUUUAGCUUCAAGUGCAAUAUGAACUGAGAAAAAAAUGAAUGUAAUGGCAGAAUUAAUAACUAACCCUGUAAAGCAUUGCUCUGGUCAGCAAUGUUCUAGUUCUCAGAAGACUUCCUAGUGUUUGCUUGUUUUUACAUUGUUCAUAGUUACCAGAGAUGUAAAGGAAACUAAAGGCACUGAUUUUAAAAAGAAUUAUUUAAGCAUUUACUUUUUUA